GAUUUCAGCGUGUGCAAUGCAAGGCCGAGAUCGAGCGCCGUAGCAGUUAGCUGGGAGCAGAGCACGACGAGUUGCAUAUGCGCAUAGAAUGAAGUUUCUGGAUUGGUAUGUGAAAAUAGCGAUUGGUUCUGCUUUAAUUGGAGCUUCCAUGGAGCUGUUCAUGAUCAAGACUGGUUUCUAUGAUAAAGUGACCGUUCUGGAGUCGGAGAAGCGGGCUUGGGAGAGCUCCCCUGAAGCUCAAGCAAUCAGAGAAGCACUGAAUCCUUGGAGAAACCAUGAAGCAGAAGAAAGAAAAAACUCCUAACUUUAUAGUCAUGGGAAAUAGAAAAAAGAAAAUCUUCAACGAGGUUUGUUUUUUGAUGGUUUAAUUAUAUAUUGGGAUUUGAUAAACACAGAAAUACAUUUACAAUUAGUUUGGCUAUUGAAAUUUGGUUCUCUGUUUUCGUUGAGUUCUAUUUAUUUGUAAAUCAAAAUCUCCCGUUCACACCCCUCAAGCAUUUUUGGCAACUUUGCAAUUCCUUUCAUGUAUUGUUGUAAUAUUUUAUCCUGGUCACAGAAGAUCAGUAAGUAGUUGUGGGAGAGAGAAAAAGAACUUGGAAUAUUUAGGCUAGCACAAGAUAUUAUGUAUUGCAUGCGUGUAAGGAACUUGGUGGUUUGGAGGCUUUCAGAUACAGCAUAUUGAUGCUUUUAUCACCGGCGUGAUGAUUUCUUCCCCUUUUUUGUAAUAGAUUAUACAUAGGAUUCGAUAA